GAAAACUAGCGCUACACAGAGCAAGUGAAUGUCUACAAUCUCAACAACCAACACCAAAGUAUUGACAGCAUCCGGUUGUCAGAAAUUGUGUGGAACCGAUCGAGACAACUCUGAAGAAGAUCGAAACCACCCACUUGCUUAAGUUAACCCUUGUCGCUUUCCGUAAGGACCACGCUCUUCUCUCGCAAUCAAAAGUCCGGCGUCGACUCCAUAAGAGUAGGUUGUCACCUCUACGAGAUUGACCUACACAGAGCAAAGCAUUUGAUUGGUUUUGUUUUGCACACUUUGUUGAAGACUCGGCGCAACUGCACAGCGGGCUGCUGAAACUUGACUUUCAUCGUUCGUGUCUGAAGGAGGCUUAGUGUCAGGCAGGAAGUUUCUAAGUCAGACCGCUUAACGAAACAACCCUCUCGCUUAGCGUCACGAACACAUUUCCUGGAUUGAGUGGAUACCUAACUAAGCAUCCAGGUCAUUAAUUUCAUGUAAAGUGCAAUCAUCAACGCCCUCUUUCAGUUCCCAAGUGUACAGCUCCCAAGUCAAUGCACUCCAGGGGUGUAGCUAUCAUUUUUGGGGUCAGGAAAGCGGAGGAGCGUUUUUUCCUCCCUUCUGUGUCGACCACCUUUGGGAUUCUGGUGGAUGCACCAUAAGAUGUUGUGCUCGACGACGUCGGCGUUGAAGUACCGUGAGGGGUAAGGAAACACCAGCAGCUGCAAGUUGGUUUUAAGUGCCACUCACUACACAUAGGGGGUUCUCAAAUGGUCUUUAGAAGCCUAGCUCGGAGAGAGUGAGCGUCGGUGAGCUAUUCUUCUUUCAGAUUGUUUGAAUAAGUGGGGAUCUCUUGCCGGACAGUGUAAAGGGACCGAUUCGCAGAAUCACCAGGCAAAAGCUAGGGGCAGUAUCAGGGCUGAGAUAUCAUUUUGCGAACGAGGCACUGGGAUCGAUGCAGCAUGAAAUCCUCUGGUGUGAUCAAGCAGGCGUGCGAUGAUUCUGUAUGUUUGUUUCGCUGCUUUCACAUGUAACGCAAUUUAAUUUGUAGGAAAAUCAGACGUGGGGAUUUUUAUUUUUCUCGAGCUAGCACAGGUAGUAAGUGACGGAGCACGGAACGAGGAUCAAUCGAGUGUGUAGAAGUGAGGUGGGUCAUUUCCAAGGUGGAUCAUGGGUGCGAGUAGAGCAGGUGGACGAUUUGAUUCAGAACACUGGUAGAAAGUGUUUUGCAGGGUCGGCGCUUUACAUUCAACCACUCGGAGUCCUCACCGUCAGGGGAAUUGGAAAGACAGGCUUCGUGGGGACUACACUAAUUAGAUGUUCGUGAAACCUCCGAUGCAAACCAUCACAGGAUCAAGAAUUCUGUGAACAGUUUCGUUCUUCCUGGUCACGAGCGUCGUAGGGUUUCAGUGGGAUCUCUACUCAAAUGUCAUGAGCUUUAGAGCUGCCAUGUUUUCUCCCAACAUUUAUGAGUAAGUGCACUGAUUAAUCCUUUGGCUUCUUCGAAGCUGAUCGUCCCACUAUUGUUUCGAAGAAAGCAUAAAGUGGAGUUAACAUAAUGAGUUGCAGUUGAGCAGCUCAACGGACUAACUGAAUGACAAGCACUUUGAGGGACAAGUAUGCAUCUGUUCUCAUUAAUUAGUUUGUACUUACGGAGAGCUGUGCAAGUUUUCUUCGCACGUUCUAGGACGCCUUUAAGUGUACAGCGGGUGAACACACUUGAGGGAGGAUCUCGGUCUAAACCCUUAGCCUAGACUGUCUGCAUUUCAAUGUACUCAGGUAAUCGUAAUAGUACUCUCUCUCCUUGUCACCCUUCCCUUCAGUCAAACCCACACACUCCAGGCAAUCGAGUCCAACCUUCUCGUAGCCUUCGCCUGGUCUCUCAGAUGCGGCGUUGAGCCACGCCGGCAGCUUUUGGUACUUGUCGGUUGCAGUAGGAGCGUGCGGAGAUUUGCUUGCAAUCUGAAACAUUAUCAAAUGGCCAACACGAACCGUCUCAAGCAAGGCUGUUUGGCGUAUGGCGCCGCCACGGAUCCAUCCUGAGGGCUACACUUUGUGGCCAUGGCUGACAAGGCCCCAAAUGAGGAGGAGGCCGGCCACAGUGAAGCUUUCUUUGACCAGUUUCUGCGACGGCUGGAUCAAACCGAUCACGAAACGACAGUUUCCCCUUCCACUUCACGUUCUUCCAUGGCUGCGCCCUCCGAAUAUUCAUCGCUGGCGACGUCUAACCCGUGGCCGAUGUUCACCGUCUCUUCUCCUGUGAACCCAGAUCUUCAGAGCGCACUCCAAGGCAUCUACCGCUCUUCUGUUCCGUCAACGUACCUUUCAACCAACCCUCUCGCAGAAUUUCCAUGGCUUUUGGAGGACCAAUUGAUCGAGUCUCAUCAUAGGGGGGACUCUAAGUUGGCGAGUAAUCUAGAAUCAAACGACUCCGGUCUGCGAUACAGCACACACUACUCGCUGCCUGCGACUCAUGGUGAACAGCUGUCCGCGACUCAAGGAUCUUUCUUAGGGAGUGCUGGAGUGGAAAAUAUCGACCCCUCGUUGUCUUCUCAGUCUCUGCGGUGGAUAGCAAUCAAGGAAGAGCCCGCUUCAAGCCACACAAGCGCUGGCUCUCCGGUCAGACCAGGCUCGGUGGCAAGGAAAGAAAUUCAAGGUCAUGGAACUUCCACCGGGAGCUACGGUAGCAGUCCCAAAUUGGAUGCAGGACCAGUGCCGCGGUUUGACAGGACAAUCAGCUCCGAAGAGCGCUCAAUUCCCAGCCCUAGUCUGACACAAUUCGGAGGUAGCUCCCAGAGUCCUCUCUCUCGAUCACAGAAUUACUGGUCUGCUCCAGCGUCUCCUCGGCUGUCUGAAGCAGUUCCAGGGGCCAGUGCCUCCAUCUCGACUUCCGCAGGGACGUCUAACACUUCGUUGCCGUCUGAGUCGACUAGUAAUGCAGGUGAGGAGGAUGAGGCUGAGAAGAAAGAGAUCUCUACAGCCGGCAGUGAGGAUGCCCGUGGUGGGAAGAGAAAAAAACCAUGGGCAUCCACAGCUGGUGGGGAGGGCGGGGCAGCCAGAGAGACGGAGUCCAAAAAAUCGGAGCCGAAAAACAAGCCCAGGAAACGCGGGGGAGCCAAGAGAUUGAGGGAACCUAGAUACGCUAUCAAAACCAGAACAGAUGUGGAUGUUCUCGAUGAUGGGUUUAAGUGGCGUAAAUAUGGACAAAAAGCCGUGAAGAAUAGCCCUCAUCCCAGAAAUUACUACAGGUGCACAACUCCUCUAUGCCCAGUGAGAAAAAGAGUGGAGAGGUCAAACGAGGACGCAGGCUUGGUGAUCACCACCUACGAAGGCACCCAUUCUCAUCAAACACCAGGGUUCCACCGACCUGCAGAAGGCUACUUCAGCGACAGAGCAACAGUUGGUGGCGGCCUCUUCCCGAACCCCGGACAGAGUCCCCUGGGCCCUGGCUCGAACUUGUUACCCCUCCCUCCGGGGUUUGAUCUAGCGUCCCUCCAGCAAGCAACGGCACUUCGAAGCAUACCAGGCCUGCAGCCCAAUCAGAAUAUUCCAGGAUCGAACCAGCAGCAGCAGCAGCAAAUGAACGGACUAUCGAGAGGGCCGUUCAGUUACCCAGGACAAGAGAAUAUGUUCAGAACAUCGCCGUUCUUGGGAUUACAAGACCCUGCAUUCGGAAUCGUCAAACAUGAGCCAUUUCAUUUUACUCCUCAAGCGCCGGAUUUCAUGUCUGGGAACAUGGCCAGCUUGCCGCAUCUUAACGUCCGGCAACAAUUCGAGCAGCCUGGUUCGUCACUAGCUCGUCCCGGAGCAGGACCAUCACAGCCAUUGGACUUCUCCACACCCAAUCACACGAGUGUGCACAGGUCAAGCUCCGGGCCAAUCCCGCAAAUUAGUUCUCCAUUAUUCACAGGACUAAAUUUCCCUAUCUUCCCAUCAUCCAGCAACACGGGUCCAGCUUCUAGCUCAAGUACUCCGCGUGAGUCUGAUCCAUCAAAUCUCAUGAUGUGUAGGGGACAAACUAGACACGAUGCAGGAGUAGGAGGUAGCGGUAGUCGAAUCGGUCAAAGCCUAGAAACACGCAUCAAUAGGUGCCACCCAGGUCAACCAAAUUUUUAUCAUGUUCCAUCUUCGGAGACUCCGCUGCCUGGUCGAUUGAUCAGUGGCAGCCAUGGUCUUGGUUCUCCGUUAGAUCCACUCACAAGAACUGGUCAGCAGAGGUCUAUCAUGUCCACGAUGCAGUCCCACGUUCAACAGACGAGAUCAUCUUCGGGGGUAAGUUCUUCCGGUGAGCAAUCUCCGGAGAGUCUGACGUUGCCCGACGCGGCGGGCGGAGAGGGACUGUUGCAGGACAUGGUGAGACACGGGGGGCCAAAGGUGAGCAAGAGCUGAAUUGCUAACUUCCAAUCCAUCUAGCCUUCUUCACUGCGUUAGACCUUUGCACAGUAUACGUAGUUUGAUCUGGCUCCACUUUACCAAUUUAAUACACAAAAACAAAACAGAAAAACAAAAAAAACAUAAAAUAAGAAAGAAAGAUUAAAAAAAAAAAAAAAAAAAAAAUCAAUUCACUGAA